AUUCGCAACGACUUCCUGUAAUGUUCAUCGCCCUACCAAAUCUACUGCUUUCCGCUGUAUACAGUCUGUCAUGGAGUCAUUGCUCUGAAUGCGAACCUUCUACGCGAUAACACCUGCAAAUGCCAGGACUCUCCGUACCCUAAGAGUUUGGGCACGAAGGUCUAGAUGAAUGCAGACAUGACCUCACCACUCAGCGCCAAUGGCCUGGACCCUGAGAGAGCUUCUUUGCAAGCGCGAUUCACAAAUGUUCGCUGCGUCGUACUCGACACUGUCCAUCAAUAAAUCCACCAUUCUUCAGCAAAUCCAUUGAAUCGAGAGAAAAUGGCAGCCUUACGAUCUGUAUUCCGAUCAUGCCGUAUUGGCAAUGUCGCCAGCGUGCGGACCUUCAGCAAUGCACAGGCACGCUUCAUCGACAUCAACCAGCGUGGAAACGACACUGCCGAGGAGUAUCGCAAGCUCAUGAAAGAGAAGCCCUUGAACCCACACAUGACCAACACCACCUCUACCAUCGCCAAUGAGAUGCCUAGCAUCGGUAAAGACAAGGCGCCGCCAGAGCUUCUCAGCAGCGUGGACCCGAACUUUGUGCCCAAGGACUCUGUGCCCAGCAACACUGAAAAGAUGACCGGCGGGACGCAGCAGGGAGAGCCAGAGUCGGGCGUGAAUGCAGAGCUAGGUGUAGGUGAAAUCGAGGGUGGCACAUUCAGAGUUGAGCCUUUGCGCCGAACCGGCGAAGAUGCCAACACGAUGCGUGCCCGGCUCGUGUACCAAUCCCGCAAAAGAGGCACUCUAGAGUCUGAUCUACUUCUGUCAACCUUCGCGAACGAGAACCUGGGCACCAUGACACUACAGCAACUGCAGCAGUACGAUAUGUUCUUGGACGAGAAUGAUUGGGACAUCUACUACUGGGCAACGCAAGAGGCUCCGCAAACAUCGAUGGCUUACGCGGAAGGUGCCGGUCCUGGAAUGGCUACUCCGGACGUGCAGGGUAAGGACCUCGCCCCUGACGGCGGACCCAAGUCGCAGACCGACGGCUGGCGUGUGGGCAAACCCCGUAGUGGUGAAUGGGCACAAACCGUGGGAACCUUCAAGCCUGCCUAUCGACCAGUGCCCGCACGCUGGAAGAACAGUGAGAUUCUUUCCAUGCUGAGGAAGCACGUGAUUGAUCGCAGCGCGGGUGAAGUUCACAUCGCAGGACAACAGGUCGAUGGUUCAACGGAUCGUCGCGGUGGCGGCCUGGGAUUCAUGCCAGAGCUCAAGAACUUUGACCGAUGAGCUUUGACUAUGUUGACUUGCUUCAAUUCAGCGAAUGUAUAUAUAGGUAGUAUGCAGACGAGCAUUGUGAACAUGAGUCUUUCCGAAAGCUCUACUUUGAUUCGCUUCCGUCCAAAUCUGCAUAUAUGCAUCGCGAACGUCGACAUUAUGACACUCCAGAUGAAGCGUAUGUCAAAGGGUGGUAGGGAUCUUUUCAUCGCCGAUCCACCGAUACACUCGCGCAUCACUCGGGACUGCUCCUUCCUUCAAAGGGAGGUCUCGCCAAACUCAGCUGGUAAGUACACACCUACGCAGGUGAUUGCUUGAUAUCUUGAUGCAUCCCAAACUUAGCACGGCC